GAGACGUUGAGGAGGAAUCAGGAGCGGAUAAGGAAGGGGAAGAUGCCGGAUCAGGCGGUUAGGGGGAUUGGGGCGGAGAGGUUAGUUGAGGGGAUUGAGGUUAGAGCUGGGGAUAAUGAGGGGGAUGGGGUGAUUGGACGGGUGCAGGUGUUUCAUGUUUCGGCGCAGUUCCCGAAACCCACGACUGCGCGGGACUUUGUGAGUUUGAUUGUGUCUUGGGAUGAGAGUGAGGGUGAUGAGGAGAGGAAGAAGCGGGAAGGGAAGGGGAGGGAGUGGAUGAUGGUGUCGAGACCGUGCGAGCAUGAUGAGGUGCCUCCUGUGCCGGGGUAUAUUCGGGGCAUGUAUGAGAGUGUGGAGUUUAUUCGGGAGAUACCUGUGGAGAAUAAGCCUGAGGGGGCGAUGAAUCCGGUUGAAUGGGUGAUGGUGACGAGGAGUGAUCCUGGGGGUAAUAUUCCAAGGUGGAUGGUGGAGAAGGGCACGCCCAAGAGCAUCUGUACGGAUGCUGUCAAGUUCCUGAACUGGGCUUGUCGGGAUGGGGAGAGGAAGAGGAGGUCGACGGUCAGGUCGGUGGGCAGUCACAGUCAAUAUGAUGAGGAAGGGGAGGAUGCGUCUAGCAGUGAGGAGGACAGCGAUGACGAGUCAUACACCGAAGUCGAACAUCACGGGUUGAUUGCCAGCUUCGCAUACCUGGUGAACGCCGGUCUCGAGCGGUAUGCGCCGCAGGCGGUGCUGGACUACCUACCGCAGCACUCACGUCAGGUCUCGGCUCAGAGUGUCCCUGCCAGCGGCACGGAGCCAGAUGUCGAGGGGGUCAAGGAGAACGAGGAUGAUGCAGUGUCGCCCGACAAAGCAUCGAUAGCACCAUCAGCGAACUCGGACAUCGAGUCAUCUAUGGAAGCAGGCCCCGACGUCUCUGCGCUGGAGCUAAUGACCAAGAACAAGAAAGGCAAGCUGACAUCGCACGAGAAGCAGCUGGCAAAGCUAGCAGAGCGAAAGCGCAACGUCGAAGCACAGCUGGAUAGAGUACGAGCCGACAUCCAAGCCCUCCGCGUGACCUCACCAGUCGAAGGCUCCAAGCGCGACAAGGCAUCGACGACCGCUCUAGCAGCAACAAACGAGCAAGCAAGCAGCGAACCGCCGAGCAGCAGUCCAGCCAGCAGCGUGCACAGGGGCCAAUCCUCAGGCAAGAGCCGUCACGCUGAGAACCCCGACCACGAAACGGCGAAGAUGCACAAGGUUGCAUCGGGGCUGUUCCACGACGAGUCCAAGCUGCUGAAACAGCUGGGCAAGAUCGAGAAAGACCAGGUCAAGGAAGCAUCGAAGAUCGAGGCGCGGCAGCAGAAGCACGCAGACAAGCAGGAGAAGCAUCGCGCGCGGGCAGAAACGGAGGCGUUGCGCCGCGAGGUAGAGGUGCUCAAGAAAGAGGUGCAUCGACUGCGCGGAGAGCGUAAGCAAUGGCUGGAUUUGAUCGGGUCAUUGCAGAAUGAGAAUACGCGGUUGGCAGCGGCGCAGGGUGAUGGAAGUGAUAUUGGAAAUGGAAAUGGGGAGAAAUGAGCAUGUCAUUGUAUAUUAGCGUAGCGUUGUACAUAGCAAUUGAUUGAUUUUAUCCCAUCUUAGUCCAUAACCUUAGUAUGUAAUGUAAUGCAUGAAGCCUCCAACGCCAAUUACCCACCAUUGAACUCCAGUAGUUAUGCAAGUGUCCUUAUCAUCUGCACCUGCAUCACAUGUACGCGCAGCACAGCACAAACUCCCACUACCUAUCCUCCUUCCAUCGACAAUAUUCCAUCGCCAAUUACCCAACUCCCUCAUAUCAUCCCAUCCACCCCACACCCAGCUCCUCGCCAGUAACUAAUAAACACCUUAUUCCUGCGUCUCCGGCGGAUUCCCCGCUCCUCUAACCAUCUUCUCAAUCAUCGCGGCCCUAACCUUCUCCUUGGACUCGCCCAUUCCCAGCGCCAUAUACGACAACAUAGGCGGAUGACCGAUAUACGAGGCGUAACUAUCUCUCACGAUGUUCGACACCCAUUCGUACUUCGUCGUGUCGGCGUGGCCCGUACCGAUGUAGCGCGCUUGCAUCGCCUCGAGGUUUUGGAUCGUGCGGAGUUUGUCGGCCAUUUUGAUUAUCCUUCCUCUUAUUUAUGGUAACUUAGGAAUGGGUUGAUUGAACGGUUGUGGGUGGAGUGUAGUGUAAGUAGAUGGGUGGUUUGAGU